AUAUUUUCAAGGUCAACUCAAGGUCGUAUGUCAGCUGAAAACAACGCAGUAUCCGGUUUCGUUUGCCCUGAGUGUCUGGAGUCUUUCUCGAAUUCAGACUCACUUAUGGUGCAUUUCGAAUCAUCACAUGAAAGUCUAUCUAAUAAUAUUGAAAAAUCUCCUUCGAAAGAUAAUCGUGAUGAUGACUCUGAUAAAUUCAACUCCUACGAAAACUUGGUAGCAGAACUAUCUACGCAUAACCUAAAUCUAUUAAACCGAAUUGCAGACCUUGAAGCUGUUAUUCAUCUCUUUCUGAAUGAACCUCCUUUGGUAAAUCCUUUAACAAUAAAGGACGAUGAACUGCGACAAAAAGUGAUAAGUUUUCUGGACUAUCAAACACAGUUAGUACAAAGUUAUUCAUCCACUAAGCCUGCUGAAGAAGAUCUAAAAGAGAAGGAUGAAACAAUUGAUUUGUUAAAAAAACAACUAGAUGAAUUCCAAAACAAGGAAGAGAUCAUGAAGACAAAUGUAAGCACUUACACUUAUAUUGACACUAGAAGUGUUCAAUCACAAUAUGUUUCAGAGGGAUUAACAGAGAACAAUCUACCUGGAAAUACAACAAACCUGUUAAAUGAGGAUAGUUUAUUAUUAGAAGAAAAAUUAAAAUCUCUCUCAUCUGAAAAUAAUUCUUUAAAAACAGAAUUAUUAUCAGUGAAACAUGAAUUGAAUAAUAUCACUAUUAAAUUAAAUGAAUUCAAUAAUUCUAAAAAGGAUGAAAUAAAUAAAUAUGAAACUGAGUUAACAAAUCGUUCUACUCAUUUAUCAAUUCUUGAAAGACAAUUAAAAGAGUUAAAAUUAACAAAUAAAAAACUUACUGAAGAUUCAUCUAUACUUAUACAUUCAAAAAAGAAUAUACAAUCUGAAUUGGAAACAAUUAAAAAUGAAUUAGAUACCAAACAAAAACAAUAUGAAAAUAAUAUUAAUCGACUAACUAAUGAAUUGACCGAAUCAAAAAAUUUAAAUUCUACCCUUCAGGCAAAAUGUCAUCAACUUCAAACUGAAGCUGAUGAUGCUGUAAAAUCAAAUCAAAUCUGUCAAGAGAAAUUAAUUAGUUUAGAGAAGAAUCUUGAAAGUAUUCGUUCAGAGUCACAAACCGAAUCGAAAUUAUCUAAGAAAGAAAUUGAUUCUCUCAUGGAAAAAUUAAUUAAAGCUGAAGAUGCAGGUUCGAAUCUUCAAAAUGAAUUAAAUUCUAAAUUGAAAGAACUUAAAGAAUUACAAAUAGCUGUUGUUGAAUUAGGUAGAGAAAAUCAAGUGCUUCAGGUAAUAUCAAUAAUUUUAGUAGUUGAGACCAUGAAUCCAUUGAAGCUAGACCAUGGAAGCACUGGAUGGGCGCUUUAAUCUAGUAUAGGACUCCUCAGCAGUGCACAUUCACGAUCCCCUCUCCAGACUCGAACCCAGGACCUAUCAGUCUCGCGCGCGAACGCUUAACCUUUAGACCACUGAGCUGGCCGACAUCCAACAGUGUUAAUGUCUAACUUCAACCAAUCCACGAAGUUGCGUACCGUCCACCAUUGUCAUCAGUGAGUUACUAUCUCACAACAGACCCGAUUGAACUCCACUGGUCACGGCUUCUUACUAGGACUCCAGGAAAUACCUCUUGAAGACCGUCACUAGUUUUACGCGAUCGUUUAACUAAUCGUCAAUGGACUAAAGAUGACGAAGCUUUAGCAUGUUUCGGUUGUGAUCGUGAAUUCUCUAUCAGUACACGGAGGCAUCAUUGUAGAAAUUGUGGCGGUAUAUUUUGCCAAAAUUGUUCUUCUAAUCGGGCUUCUACAACGUUUAGUAAAGAUCCAGUUCGUGUGUGCCAAAUUUGUUAUGAAGAAUUAACUAGUAAUGCUAUCAAUUAAUCAGUCAUGGAUAUUAACUCUCUAAAAAGCUAAAUGAGUAAAUUAUUUGUGUAUAUAUAAGUGAUUUUUUCAUAAUAAGCUUACUAUUUCUACUAUAUACGCAUGACUGUGUGUAUUUUGCCGUUACGUUCUGUGUUAUUAAAACUCACUUUUGAUUUUCGUGUCAUUUACUUUUUUUCUUGUUACGAAUACUGUUACUCAUUUCUGUUUAUUUUACGAAUCUCGUGGCUGACUUUACGUAUACUUUCAUACUUAAUCAACCAAAUAUUUCUCUCAUUGUGGUCUGUGUUUUCGAUAUAUUAAAAAUGGUUCGUGAUUUCUAGUAA